AUGGCAUCUUCAUCAUACCAUUAUCACUACCAAAGAGAUGGUAUGGAUGAUGAUUUUGAUGCAUAUUUUGAUAAUUAUGCAGAUUCUAAUAUCAUUCAAGAACCAAUAGAGCCAAAGAAACGGAUAUUUAUCCCAAGAAACCGAGAAGAAGGCCACAAUAAUCUUUGGAAUGAUUAUUUUAGUGAUACUCCAACAUACCCGGACUAUUUAUUCCGGCGACGGUUUCGCAUGCAUAGGCCAUUGUUCAUGCGUAUUGUGCAACGUCUCUCUACAGAAGUCGAGUAUUUCCGUCAAUCCCAGGAUGCAACCGGUCGGGCUAGUCUGUCACCUAUACAAAAAUGUACUGCAGCAAUUCGCCAAUUGGCAUAUGGUACUUCGUCCGACACAGUUGACGAGUAUGUACGAAUUGGUGGAUCAACAGCUCGGAAAUGUUUGCACGAUUUUACCGCCGCGAUAAUCCAGUUGUUUGGCGAUGAAUACUUAAGACAUCGUUCAAAUGUUUUUGAUGACAUUCUCAACGGUAAAGCUCCGGAGGUCAACUACUUUGUCAAUGGAAGGGAGUACAAUUUGGCAUACUAUCUCACCGAUGGCUCAAUAAAUGUAGAUGAUGGGUUUUUCUAUCCACGCGAAUGGUAA